AUGACAAAAAAUUGCCCGACGUUCACUCGACAUCAAUCGCUUGAAGCUACACAAGUUAUUCCUCUCUUUGAUUUACCAUCAACAAUAUGUACAAUAACGCCACCUUUCAAACCGAAAGCUGGUGAAGUCUAUGUAUUGAAACUUGAUAUUGGGCAUGAAAACGAUUGGCGUAGUGGUGGUUAUCGUUGGGUUAAAAUAGCCGCUCGCUGUUUACCAACACAUAGUCCAGUAAUUAAGAAAUGUUAUUUUCAUGCUGGACAAAAGAAUAAGCAGAAAAGUAAAGAUUUUGAAAAACAAACAUUUGUUUCACUUGUCGAUCCAUCAAAAGUUGUUGUACAAUAUCUUGGCAAUGAAAAUGUUGCUGAAGAAUUUCCACAUGGAAAUUGUAAAAAAAAUACGAAGCCAUUUUUUCAUACACGUCCAUCACUUCUUAACAAACUUAUUUGUGAAGUAGCAUCAAAUGCUGAAACUGUGCAAAUAUUUAAACAAUAUACAAGACACAAUUCUACUGAACAUACUACUACUAACAACAAUAAUAAUGAUGAUGAUAAUGAUGAUGAUGAUGAUGAUGAUGAAGAUGAUGAAGGAAAUAAUUCCAAUCAAAUCAAUGAAACAUUUGAUGAUAGUCAAAAUAAGCAGAAGAAAACAUCAUUAAAGAAUUCAAAUUUAUCGAACACAUUAAGUGAAACAAAAGUUAAUGCUGACAUUUUAUCUCGAUCUCGAAACAUCGAACAAAUACGUAAUAUUAAAAGACGAUUAGCUCGUCGUCUUGUAGCUUCAACAGAUGAAAUAUCAGAGUUAUAUCGUUUUGCAAGUUGUGCACUAUUUACUCGUUGUUGUGAUGAUGUCUACGAAUAUAUUUUAACAUAUUUAAAACAAAAAUGUCCAAAUAUUGAAUCGCGAUGUUUGCAUAUAAUUGAUAACGACAGGAAUACAUUGAAAAAUAAUUAUUUAUCAAUAUUUUUGCCAAAUUUACGUAUUAUUCAUACAUGGAAUUAUAUCUUUUCUCAAUUACAUGCACGGCUAUUACACAAUGGUCGAACACACGCAGAUUAUCAAUUUUAUCUUGCUGAAAUAAAAUCUUUACUAUUAUGUACGGAUAUGAAAACAUUUAUACGUUUCUAUGAUCGUUGCAUUCAAGGUCUUAUUUGUGAACCAAUGCGAACUGUGUCUGCACAAUUACGUGAUUGGCGUGAGUCUCGUAUUGAUAGUGGUACAAUAGUUAUCUAUUGGUUACAAAUGUAUUUUGCUGAGCAAUUACGAAAAACAUAUACUCGUCUUGAUAGUAAUUAUACAUUAAAGCAACCUCAAUGUGAUAAAUGGGCAAUGAAAGCUAGGACAUUAAAUGUUACACAUGUUCGUGCUAACAUUAUUGUAUCAUUUGGAUAUCAUCCGCAUCUAUCAGAUAAACGAUCUAAUGAACAACAAAAUCUAACAUCAUUACCAGUCAAACGUUUUAAAACAGCGGUAUUUGAAAGUACACAGCAACCCUAUAUAACUGCAAAAACUAAUAAUCAGAUUUAA